ACGGGGUGAUCUAAUAUUGGCUUAUCGUAUACUGAACGAUGACCUUGGUAUUAACAUGUCUUAUCUUUUGCUUCCGUCUAGAACCGAUCAUUUGAGAGGACAUUCGAAGAAAGUUCAAAAACCGAGAUCAAACCGUUUACGUCUGGAGUUCCGUUUCGGCACCGAGUAGUGAAUUACUGGAAUUCCCCACCGGAACACGUAAUAUCAGCACCGUCUGUUAAUAUAUUCAAAACGAGAUUGGACCUCCACAGUAUUACAAACUGCAAGGAUUAAUAUAGGUCGACAGACCUCCUAUCCUUAUUACUGAAGACUGAAGACUGAAGAACCAUAUGAACCAUUGGAUGCUGAUUUGUUACGUUUCCAUAACUAAAUGCUUUGUGUGGUUUUGAAAUUCCACGGAACAGGACUGAUAACCUGAAACGAUGUCCUCAAAAGAUCUCAGAAACCAAGAUCUAGUCUUUUGGUUUUGGAGUUCUGUUUAGCACAUCAGGCGGCGAAUUACUGGGAUUCGGUUUUAGAACAUACGCUAUUAGCAACUACUGAUUUAUACAAAGCGAAAUAAGAUCUUUGCAGUACUAUAAAACUAAAGGGUUAACAAAAGUUAUCUGACCUUCUGUCUUUACAAUUGGAGACUGACGUAUGCAUCUUGAUGGAUUGAUCGCUCCUACGAUUGUUUCAUCCAUAAUAUCAAAAUAAACUCCACAACAACUUCAUAUAAACUUAUUCAAUUGCCGCUCUUUUUUUGAAACCUUAUUCCAAUGGAAACUGUCAACAUUUUAUGUUCCCAGAUCUAAGUAUACUUCUGUGUCUUUCCUACCUAGGCAUGCAUACUCUAUAGAAUUAAAUAAUCAAGUCAUUCAGUGGUUGAAUUUCCAUAUAUCAACGAGGAGCACAAUAUUUUCGCAUGUUCCUUAAAACACUUCAAGAUUUAAAAGAUAUAAUAGUUACCAAACCCGGUGUUUAUGAUGUUUAUUUGAAAAUAAAUGAACCGGUUUCAGAAGAAAAAAUUCAAAUAUGGGAGUCGCUUAACAACUUAACUUUGCCAAAUGAUUUAAAAGACUUUUAUCUGACUACUAAUGGCAUCGAGCUUGGAUGGUACAGUAUUUGUAAUGAAAAAACAUCUGUAGCUGGACUAAUCAAGAUAAAUAAACUAGAGGAUUUCAAAUCCAUAAAAUUAAGUUGCAUAAAUCUUGAUGGAGAUGCAAAAAACGACGAUUUUGAGGUAUUUGUAAACAGUUUCCUGGGCCUUGGAUUCAAUAGAUGGCCGACUAGUUAUGAACUAGAAAAGUGUCUGAAUGGCACUACGGUUAUUUUUGUUUUUAGUGAUAAUCAAGAAGGUGUUUUUAUUUUAAAUAAUGAUUUGAGUAUUCACAAGAUUUGCUGCACAUUUCGGCAGUACAUCAGAUUAGCAGUUGUACAUUUAGGCUUACAAGAUUGGCAACUUUGGUACACUGACGAUGAUCCAAUUCCAAGUAGCCAACAAUUAUGUUCUUUAUACACACCUGAACGUUUGUUUCUGAAUGCACGUGAAUCUCACGAACAAUUUUCAGCGAACUUACAAGACUGGGUUCCUGUUUCCCUUAACUCCAGGAAACUACUGAACUUUGAAUUUUCUAGUAGGAUGAAUCGUUCUAAUUCUUUUGGAAAAACUACCGUUCAAUCGGAUAUGUCGAACAAACACGGAAGUUCUACUGACUUAUGGGAUUCAAGAUCAAAUGUUAUUGUGAAUACUGGUAGAAGGUCAAAAAAAUGAAAACUGUUGAAUAGUGUUUAUUUAUUUAUUCAUCUUAAGGAUUUUUUUGUAAUUAUUAAAUGAUCUUUGACUUCAACAAGUAUUCCUUAAGUCGAAUUAUUUAGAGCCAAUAAUAUAAAUUAUAUUUUGAAAUAUUCAUUUGAAAAUAUGAGUACUUGUUUUGUCUUAUUUGUAACUUAUCCUAUUAAUAAAUGUAUCUACAUGUUAA